CUGCGGAACGUUUGAAACGGCGGGAGUUUGUUGCUGGCGGACGUGUGACGGAGGCGUACCGAUUUAUCGUCAACGUAAAGGUUUACACCGAGUAUCCAGCAUGAAUGUGAACCAGGGCACUGUGGGCAGUGACCCGGUGAUUCUGGCCACGGCCGGAUACGACCACACUGUCCGUUUCUGGCAGGCCCACAGCGGGAUCUGCACCAGGACAGUCCAGCACCAGGACUCUCAAGUAAACUCUCUGGAGGUCACGCCUGACAGGAGCAUGAUUGCAGCUGCAGGUUAUCAGCACAUCCGCAUGUAUGACCUAAACUCCAACAAUCCCAACCCAGUGAUCAACUAUGAUGGUGUUAGCAAAAACAUCACCUCAGUGGGCUUCCAUGAAGAUGGACGCUGGAUGUACACCGGAGGAGAGGACUGCAUGGCUCGAAUCUGGGACCUAAGAUCAAGAAAUCUGCAAUGUCAGAGGAUCUUCCAGGUCAAUGCUCCCAUCAAUUGCGUGUGCCUGCAUCCCAACCAGGCAGAGCUGAUAGUGGGAGACCAGAGUGGAGUAAUUCAUGCCUGGGAUCUGAAGACAGACCACAAUGAACAGCUGAUCCCUGAGCCCGAGGUCUCAGUCAAUGCUGUUCACAUUGAUCCAGAUGCUAGCUACAUGGCUGCAGUGAACAGCUCGGGGAACUGUUACGUGUGGAACCUCGCGAGAGGCCUCGGAGAUGAAGUGACUCAGUUCAUCCCUAAAACGAAGAUCCCUGCUCACAAACGUUACGCCCUCCGCUGCAAGUUCAGCCCCGAUUCCACUCUUUUGGCCACAUGCUCAGCAGACCAGACCUGCAAAAUCUGGAGGACUUCUAAUUUUUCACUUAUGACGGAGCUGAGCAUCAAGAGCAACAAUCCCGGGGAGACCUCCAGAGGCUGGAUGUGGGACUGCGCCUUUUCUGGAGAUUCUCAAUAUAUUGUCACUGCAUCGUCGGAUAAUCUGGCUCGUCUGUGGUGUGUGGACACCGGCGAGAUUAAGCGGGAAUACAGCGGCCACCAGAAGGCAGUGGUGUGUCUGGCCUUCAACGACAGUGUGCUGGGCUGAAAUGGUGGACAGUCGCCACAAACGCCACAGCACACGAUGGACAUUCUGGAGGACGUGAGAGACACUCGAUUCCAAGAAGAUGCAACGGAACGAGGAAAGCUAAAAGUGGAAGGUGAAGCUCAGCGGUUCCAAAAAUACACGUACAGCUGCAUUUAAGGUCAGACUCUUAAAAGCAUUUAACCAAACAGCAAGGA